UCCCAUAGUUGACAGGUUGACUUCCGGUAAAAAUGCUGUCAAAAAAGCAUGUAAACACAACCUUUUGAAUAAGGUUUUUAGACUCUUUUUGUCGUGCAAGAACAAAGUAAAAAUGAAUGAAUCUAAUGAAGUGGAUCCUUGGCCGAUAAACAGACCUCGGACCCUGGAAGAUACUUGCAUUCUGUUCUUGGUCAACAACAUUUUCAAGUAUCUUGACCCCACAGAUGACUCCUACUGCCUUAAACCGGGGAUAUCUUUCCCACAAGGGCUUAGUGACAAAAUCCUCCAGAACCUGGUUACUUCAUCUAAGUUACUUAGUGAUCCUUCUGACAAUGUAUUUGGAAUGUUCAACAAUCGUGCAACAACCAGUUUGACAGAAUUACCGCUCCGCUACACAGCAGUGACAAAUGAGCAACUAAACUUCCUGUGCUUACACCCCAUUCGCAAACUAGACAUUUCAUACUGUUCCGAGAUUAAGUCUCAAUUUAUAGACGCAAUAAAUCAGGCUUCAAGGACGUUGCAGUAUUUACAGAUCGGAGGAAAUGAUGUGAUAGAGAGAUUAGACUAUUUACUGCAUGAGGAGAAAGAUGAGAAUACCCACGUUAAGGAACGAGGGGACGCGUCCCAACAGAAACAUACUCUCGAUUUACCACAUCUUCGAUCUUUGUGCUUGAGGGAGUUUCAAGGGUUUAAACCGAUAGACGAUAUGCCAGUAGAAAGUCAUAAAAUAAUCGAGCGUGUGAUACAACCUUUAAGGAGCUUGACUCAUUUGGACCUGUAUCUGUGUGGGUGGGGCUUGGGGCAGCGAUUUCUUAUUGAGAUUGGAAACCUUGACCUUCCCAACCUUGUUUCUCUGACGUUGUGUGAUACUUUAAACGGCAGUGAGCAAGCUUUUGACAACCUCAUGAAGCUAAGAAAACUCAGACAUCUUGAUAUAUCUCAAGCUGAUGACGCAAACUGGUAUUUGCCUGUGAAGUAUAGGAAUCCUGAAAAGCGACUGUCGCGACUUUUGGAAGCCAUGCCAAACCUGCAAUCACUCGAUAUCUCGGGCACAAACCUGGCGGGCGAACUCCCGGUGGAUUUCUCUGUCUCACACCGUCUCGAGCCCAAAAAACAGGAAGAAGAGCCAAAGCAGUGUGCUUUGCCUGGCAACGAUGGACGCCAUUUUGAUUUCCUCGGUCUUCUAAACUGUCCUGGGGAUCCUUGUCAGAGAGCGAAUCUCCCUGCUUCCAAGAUAACGGGAGAUGGCAAUGAGGAUCAGAUACUGCUGUCUGUUUUUGUGUACCGGGACAAACCCACACUCCUCACACGCGCAUUCAACGCUCUUUUCAACAAAUUCCGAUUUGAGAUGGUGAAAGCCCAUUCUGUAGCCCUAGAGUAUAUCCUAUCGGGCAUGGAGCGGAACAAACAUGACAAACAUGUUCAGAUCUCCGGCAGUGCUUCGUUGUUCUACAUUGUGAAAGGCAUCAAAAAGCAUCUGAUAACGCAUACGCAGAAACGGCGAGUGAUAUCAUGUCUACUGGAUGCAAUGGAACGACACAUGACUGAGCUUACAAUGAUGAGAAAUGGCUGCUUGACAUUGUGUCACUUUAACAUACCAGAGGAAGUGCUGCACUGCUACACGCGGCUAGUCAAAGUUCUACUACAGAUGCUGCAGCACGACCAUAAUGAUGAUUUCCUCAUGCGAAUUGGCAUCUUUCUGCUCAAUAGCCUCGCUUGUCAAGUGGAGAGCGAGCAGAAACAAAUCCUGGGCGACCUCAGUAUCAUUGAGGUGAUGUGUGCAAUAAUCAAAGUGAAACUCAACAACCAUGUGUGUGAUGAGAUUCUUGAAGUGUGUUGGAGUCUACUAUGGAAUGUCACUGAUGAAACCGAGCCAAAUUGUUCAAGAUUUAUGGACGAAGAAGGGAUGUAUCUGUUCCUGGAUUGCUUAAAGGCAUUUCCAGAAAAAGAAGAACUGUUGAGGAACAUGAUGGGCCUCAUGGGAAAUAUAGCUGAAGUUCAAAGGCUAAGAAGUACUUUGAUGAAUGAAGAAUAUGUCCAAGUGUUUACUGAUUUCCUAGAGUCAGAGAAAGAUGUUAUAGAAGUGAGUUACAAUGCAGCCGGCGUGUUGUCUCACCUGUUAUCUGAUGGUGAGAAGGCCUGGACCAUCGCCCGUCCAUCUAGAGACGAAGUCAUCUACCGUAUCGUCCAAGCGAUCAGACGAUGGCCUAUCAAAAGUAGUCGGAACAUCAAUUACAGGUCGUUUGGCCCGAUUCUACAGCUGGUGACGUGUUACCAGUCCCAUGCCUCGCAGUAUUGGGCCAUUUGGGCUCUACGUAAUCUCACAAGCGUCUAUCCGGAUAAAUAUAUCCAGCUCCUGAAAGACGAGGGUGGCCUGGAAGCUUUGGGCAAAGUGACACGUGACCCAAGACCCAAUGACGCCAUUAAAAAACUUGCGCAAGAUGUAAUAGACUUUAUCAACAAUCCUACAUCCCAGGAAUCCAUUGAAAACGGUGAUGUCUGAUUGUCUGAUCUACGUCCUUAGAAAAACUUGCGCAAUACAUGAAAAACUUAAAUCAACUCUCAAUCGCCAAAACUUUUACGGCAAAAGGGACUGAUGAUUGUCAGGUCUACGCCAUUGAGAAGCUUGUGCAGUUUUAAACUUGUUCUUUAUCCAGAUCCCUCCACUCGCUGAGAAUUAUGAAAUUAUCCAUUAAGAAAUUAGUGCAAAUCAUUAUAGACAUUAUGAAGAACCUUCUGGAACCAUACCCUAUGGGAAAUGGUGGGCCAUGAUUGUCAAGUUUACCCAUAAAGAAAUUUGUGCAAAUCAUUAUAGACAUUAUGAAGAACCUUCUGGAACCGGAAUGGUGGGCCAUGAUUGUCAAGUUUACCCAUGAAGAAAUUUGUGCAAGUCAUUAUAGACAUUAUGAAGAACCUUCUGGAACCGGAAUGGUGGGCCAUGAUUGUCAAGUUUACCCAUGAAGAAAUUUGUGCAAGUCAUUAUAGACAUUAUGAAGAACCUUCUGGAACCGGAAUGGUGGCCCAUGAUUGUCAAGUUUACCCAUGAAGAAAUUUGUGCAAGUCAUUAUAGACAUUAUGAAGAACCUUCUGGAAAUGGAAUGGUGGCCCAUGAUUGUCAAGUUUACCCAUGAAGAAAUUUGUGCAAGUCAUUAUAGACAUUAUGAAGAACCUUCUGGAACCGGAAUGGUGGGCCAUGAUUGUCAAGUUUACCCAUGAAGAAAUUUGUGCAAGUCAUUAUAGACAUUAUGAAGAACCUUCUGGAACCGGAAUGGUGGGCCAUGAUUGUCAAGUUUACCCAUGAAGAAAUUUGUGCAAGUCAUUAUAGACAUUAUGAAGAACCUUCUGGAACCAUACCCUAUGGGAAAUGGUGGGCCAUGAUUGUCAAGUUUACCCAUGAAGAAAUUUGUGCAAAUCAUUAAAGACAUUAUGAAGAACCUUCUGGAACCGGAAUGGUGGGCCAUGAUUGUCAAGUUUACCCAUGAAGAAAUUUGUGCAAAUCAUUAUAGACAUUAUGAAGAACCUUCUGGAACCCGAAUGGUGGGCCAUGAUUGUCAAGUUUACCCAUGAAGAAAUUUGUGCAAAUCAUUAAAGACAUUAUGAAGAACCUUCUGGAACCGGAAUGGUGGGCCAUGAUUGUCAAGUUUACCCAUGAAGAAAUUUGUGCAAGUCAUUUGUACAUUAUGAAGAACCUUCUGAAACCAAAUCCCAUGGUAAAUGGUGGCCCAUGAUUGUUAUACUUGACAUCCAUGGAAUGUGUUUUUCUCAUGUUUAAUAUUAGUAGGCUGUAACCUCAGGAGGAUGGAUGGGCAUGAUAAGUCAUUUGACUACCUAACCUGAACUCUUUCAUUGCUGACAUAUGUCAGGAAUUGAUGCAAGCCAUGCUGUGUAAAUGUUAAUGUUUCACCAAGUCAUUAACAGUUUACCAGCAAAGGGUAGUUGACUUGUGAUUUUUGGCCGUAAGGCUUGGGUAUUUGGUUUUACCUUAAAUCAGCACUCUCACAGAUUGUUUGUUUUGACAACUUUUUUGUGUGUGUCUUAUAAAUCAGUAAAUGUUUGCGUAAUUUUCCGGAAACCAGAAAUAUGAAACUGCUGACAAAAGAUCAGAUCACAGGUUUUUGUGUCGCCUGAAAAGACGACAUAUAGGGGUUACUUUUGUCGGCGGCAGCGUCGGCGGCAGCGGCUGCGGCGGCAUCCACGUCCCAUUUUCGCUUGUCCGGGGUAUAUCUCCUAAACUAUUAGUGGUAUCAACUUGAAACUUCAUAUGUAGAUAGAUCUAAUUGAGGGCAAGUGCAGUGCACAAGAACUGUUACUCUUGCUUCCAUAUUUUUGUUGCCCUUUGUUAUUUUUCAUGCUUAAAGUUUUGUCCGGGGCAUAUCUUGUAGAAUAUAAGAGUUAUCAACUUGAAACUUCAUAUGUAGAUAGAUCUCAUGGAGGGCAAGUGCAGUGCACAAUAACAGUAACUCUUGCUUUCUUAGUUUUAAAAUUAUUGCCCUUUGUUAAUUUUCAUGCUUUAAGUUUUGUCCGGGGCAUAUCUUGAAGAAUAUAAGAGGUAUCAACUUGAAACUUCAUAGCUAGAUAGAUCUCAUUGAGGGCAAGUGCAGUGCACAAUAACAGUAACUCUUGCUUUCUUAGUUUUAAAGUUAUUGCCCUUUGUUAAUUUUUAUGCUUAAAGUUUUGUCCGGGGCAUAUCUUGAAGAAUAUAAGAGGUAUCAACUUGAAACUUCAUAGCUAGAUAUAUCUCAUUGAGGGCAAGUGCAGUGCACAAUAACAGUAACUCUUGCUAUCUUAGUUUUAAAGUUAUUGCCCUUUGUUAAUUUUCAUGCUUAAAGUUUUGUCCGGGGCAUAUCUUGAAGAAUAUAAGAGGUAUCAACUUGAAACUUCAUAGCUAGAUAUAUCUCAUUGAGGGCAAGUGCAGUGCACAAGAACCGUUACUCUUGCUGCCAUAUUUUUAGAGUUAUUGCCCUUUGUUAAUUUUCUUGCUUAGGUUUUGUCCGUGGCAUAUCUCGUAAACUAUAGGAGGUUUCAACCUGAAACUUAUUCGGUAGGUAUAUCUGAUUGAGGGUUCAAAUGCCACCUACACUUGAAAGUUAAAUGGCAACAUCAUUGUCUAUAAAUGAAUAAAAUGCCAAUCUAACAGCUAUAAUGUCGACAAUAAAUAAUUUGUCAGGCGACACAUCCGACUCGCGGAGUUCUAGUUAUAUUUACUUUUAAAAUUGAUUUUUAUGCCAAAAAACUCAUUUUUUCUUUACGCGUUUUUAGCCAUGAAAAUUAAUUUUAGAACGUGAAUAUAACAAAUGCGAUCUGAUAUUUUGUCAGCAGUUUUAUAUCACUAGUUUCAAGACAUUCAUGCAAAAAUUUGCUCAUUCCAAGACAAAAAUAAAAAAGUUUUCAAAAUGGUCAUUCUGUGAGAGAGCAGCUUUAAUUUUUUUUAUGUAGUUCCAAGUUCAUUAUACAUGUUUUAAAUGUAUGUGUAGACGUUAUCUUAAAUUGAUAUACAAACAAUGUAGCUAAACAUUGAAUAAUUUUAUCUGCCAAAUUCCCCAGAGGGAUAGCCUUUGGAUUCCUAGCUUGGAUGUUUUCCAGUGUCCGUUUAAAGCAGCACUCUCACAGAUUGACUGUUUUGACUUUUUUUUUUAGCUUUUGUCUCAGAAUCAGCUGAUUUUGGUAUCAAUGCCUUCAAUUCAGUCAUAUAAGAUUACUCACAAUAGAACAGAUCUCAAUUGUUUGGGAAACUGCCGAAAAUUAUGUAUUUCUUAAAGCAUUAUAAGUAACCCUUUUAGCCAUAACAUGAACAUAAGUAUGAAAAAAAACAACUGGGAUCUGAUCUUUUGUCAGAAGUCUUUUAUCACUGGUUUCCUGACAUUUAUGUAAUAGAUACAGUACAAGUUUUUCGUAUCACUGGUGUUCGUCCUAGCGAAACUAAGUCUGUAAGAGGACACUUUUGAAGAAAAAAACAAGUAACUGUAUCGGACUUAUACGAUGAUAAGUUUAUUGCAUAUAUUAGUGAGCAAAUAAAUGCAUUAAUAAAUAAAUAAAUACAGAUUUAUAAGUAGAUAAAUAUAAAUAUUUUUCCGAAAUAUAUUAAACAUUAGAUUAUUAUCAUGGCCUUUCUAAAUGCUAUGUAUCGGCUAGUGGGAUUACUCAAAAUUCACAUGCACGGUCUGCUUAAAACCAUAAGAAGACACUUUUUCAAUAGCUCUGCUGAAGGGUUUAGCUGUAUUUGCAAAAAAUGGCUUAUUCCAAGAAAAAAAGACAAAAAAGUCAGAACAGUCAAUCUAUGAGAGUGCAGCUUUAAAUACGAUACUAGAACAAUGAAGCAUGACUUGGGGGCUUUAAGAUUACUAAACCUUUCACAGAAACACCUGUUUAAAGACUAUUGUCAUAUCUCUCUUUUAAAGGUACAACAAUAUAGGUUGAUUUUAGGCAUUUAUUUUUAAUUUUAAUGCAUUUAAUUGUGGUAAACUCAUUUGACCUUAAAGCUGCACUCUCACAGAUUGAACGUUUUGACAACUUUUUUAUUUUUUGUCUUGGUUCAACGGGCCAGUUUUUACGAAAAUCCAUGGAAACCAGUUAUAUAAGACUGCUGACAAAAAAUUAGAUCGCAGAUUUUUACAUUUCAGUUCAAAAAUUGAGUAAGUAACGGUUUAAGUCAUAAAACAUUAAUUUUUUCGUACGGAAAUAUGAAAACUAUGAUCUGUUUUUUUUGUCAGCAAUCUUAUAUCAUUGGUUUGCAGAUAUUUACGCAAAAAUUUGCUCUUUCAAAGACAAAAAAAUAAAAGAAGGUGUAAAAAUGGUAAAUCUGUGAGAGUGCAGCUUUAAUGAUCAAAAUAAAAAUGUGCACAUGAUUUAGGUUAAGAUACAAAUAUAUAUAUAAGUGUCGGUUUGGCGCUUUUUUAAGUGGGGAAAUUGUAACUAUGUAGCUAAUAAUGUUUUGUUUUUUUUUUAUAUAAAAGGCUUAUAUUUUUUUUCUGUACUUAAAUCAUAAUGCUUUUUGUUUUGGUUCAAUCAUUAGAGUGAAAUGAGUUGAAAAUGAUAAUCUAUUAAAAUAAAAAAUGAAAAAAUUCCAUCAACCUAUAAUUAUUGUGCGCCUUUCACUGUAACUGUUCUUCCUGUAUUUUCGGAGUUAAAUUACAUAACUUAUUUGAAGUGUCUAAUGUAUUGCAAAAACCCUUAUGUAAAAGAUUGAAUACAGUCAAUCCUAAACCUGUUUAGACGUAUUUCCAAUUACUCACUUUUUACACAAUUAUGGACUGUUUGAUUAAUAUAACAUGCACAUUCAUUUUCUGCCAUACAAUUUUUUUUAAUGGUAAUGCAUCUGAAAACACUAAAAUUAAAUUUAUUUUACUCUUUGAUAUGUGUGAAAUACUUUAGAUUUGCUUGUAUGUUAAUGAUGCAAUCAUUGACAGAAAUUUCAACGUGCAAGAAUUUUGUAGAACGAUGCAACGCUGAAAAUUUGGCCAAAGAUUUGCAUCAUUAGAUCACAAGUAAAUCAAAAAUGUUUCAUACGUGUAGAAGCAGAAAAUAACAUAGUUUUUUAUUGGCAAAAAAAUAUUUUUAUAUUUGUUCUGACAAAAAAGUUAUUUAGUAAAUAAGGUCACUGAAUUGUUUGUUUACAUUGAUUGUGACCCAUGGUAACCGAUGUGAGAACCGCUUUAAGUCACAUGAUUCCUCACACUGAUAAUGAAAUUGCAGAAAAAAAAUACAAAUAAAGUAGAAAAAACAACCUGGUUUUAGUAGAGAGCGAACCCACACUGGUAGUCAAGAAAAAAGAAAGAAGAAAACUGACACCAAAACCACUCGCCACUUGUUGAAUCGCAUUUCUAACGCUACUCAAAAUGGUGGACUUCAAAGACAAUAUUUGAGCAUAAACAGUAUAUCAAUUUUUGUUGAAGGGUUCCAACCGUCAGUAUCUUAGUGUUAACAUUCCUAAUGAUUUGCCACUCUUUAUUUCGUCAUUAAAAAAGAGUGCAUUUUACAAAACAUGAGAGAGUCUCUUUCAUCGGUAUAUUUUACGAUUGUGAAACAAUUUAUUUCAAGAUUGUAUUAAUCGCUCUUUUUGGCAAAAUGUUACAUGAAAGAGUGGUCUUGUGUUGUCGGGGAAACUGCAAUACUUUCCUGGCUUGACGACCAAAAGCCAAACUCAAAUACGUCCAGGCUGGGAAUCGAACCCGGGUUGCCUAGGUGAAAAAUCUGAUAAAUAUAACCAUGGUACAGUGUUUAGAAGUAUAUAUUUUAGUUUUAAUGUAAAAUUUUCUAUUGUUAGCCUGAACAUGAUUUAUUCUGCUUACCAUGUUGGAAAGCUUAUAUGUUGUAUAAGGCGUGAAAAAAUAAUAUUUUUGUUUCCGAUGCCCCCCCCCCCAAAAAAAAAUGGUAGGUAGGUCGAAAAAUCUUUUUUUCCUUUUUUUAUUCGGUAAAUUGUUAAUUGAGAACUUUCUGUUACCAAAAAAUCAAUCAAUUAUAUUCUUUGGAACACCUCAUCAAUCAGUAUUAACAUCAUUGGCAUUGUUAAAAGCCCAAAACACUUCAUUUAAACUUUAAAAAAACAAAAUAAUCAAACAAAAAAUGAAAGAUAUUUGUUAAGGCAAUAAAAAAAAAAGGUUUAGGGUCAGGGCAAAAAAAGGAUAGGUUGAGAUCUGGAAAAAAGGAAACAAACAUGUGUUUUUUUUUAUGCCUAUUAAACUAACUUUUCAUCUGCGUAUACUGGUAUAAUUAUUGUACCAUUUUAUACAAUACUAUUUAUGUCAUACAUUGUUUCUGAAAUUGUUUUUAUUAAAGCUUUGAAUCGUG